AUGUCAGAGAUACAGGCACCAAGACUUCGCGAGCAAGAUCUUGCUGGCAAGGUCGCUGUAGUAACAGGCGCCACAAGAGGCAUCGGACGAGCCAUCGCUCUUCAACUAGCGUCUCGCGGUUGUUCAGUACUGGGAACCUGCUCAAAACCAGACUCUUUAAUCCUGAUCGACUCGCUUGCACACACGGUCUCCAGUUUGUACUCAGAACACCCGUCACCUCCCAAAGUCACUGGAGUCGCAGCCAAUAUAACCGACCCAGAAUGUGCACAAAAGAUCGUCCACGCGCUUGAACAGAAGUUCGGUGGCCAUGUCGAUAUUCUGGUCAACAAUGCCGCCCAUCCCAUCCUUGUCAAGAUUGGCGAGCUAGAGCCACAGAUGGUCUCAGAGGUGAUGGCUGCAAACAUACAGACGCCCAUGAUGAUUGUCAACGAUCUUGUUAAGAAAAAGAUGUUCCGAACUGGUUCCAGGAUCGUCAACAUUGGUUCUGAUGCAGCUCGAGCAUCAAUCCCUGGUUUGCCAGGAAGAUCUCUGUACACGACCUUCAAAUCAGCGCUGGAAGGUCUUGCACGAGCAUGGGCAGAUGAACUCGGCGCCAACCCUGAGCUGGAAUUCAUGAAGGGCACCACAGCCAACACCGUCGCAGUGGGCUUCACAGAGACAGACAUGGUCAGCAAGAUGCCCCCUCCGAUGAGACAAGCAGUGAACCAGCACGUUCUGGCAAAACAGAGUUUGGGUCCUCGAGCUGCUCUUCCCGAAGACAUCGCCGAUGUAGUGGGUUUCCUUUGUGGUCCGGAUAGUCGAUGGGUCACCGGUUCUGUCGUCAGUGCCGAUGGUGGGAUGGUCAAGAUCAUGUAG